AUGGCUUCGCGUUUGGCUAAGAGCGCCCUCGGUGCUACCCGGCUCCGGCCGACCCUCCCCUCGCGCAACGUCGCUGCCAUCACCAACCUUACCGCAUCUCGUUCGAACUCGAGCGUCCCUACCGAGGACCCUAAGAAGAAGGCUCAGUCGAUCGUCGACUCUCUCCCUGGAAACUCCCUGGUUUCCAAGACCGCCAUCAUCUCCGCCGCUGCUGGUCUUUCCGUGGCCGCCAUCAGCAACGAGCUCUAUGUUAUGAACGAGGAAACCGUUGCUGCUUUCUGUCUUCUCAGCGUUUUCACUGCCGUUGGCAAGUACGGUGGCCCCGCCUACAAGGAGUGGGCCGAUGGUCAGGUUCAGAAGCACAAGGACAUCCUGAACGCUGCCCGUGCCGACCACACCAACGCUGUCAAGCAGCGUAUGGACAACGUCAAGGAGCUCUCCGGCGUCGUUGAGGUCACCAAGCAGCUCUUCGCUGUUUCCAAGGAAACCGCCCAGCUCGAGGCUCAGGCCUACGAGCUCGAGCAGCGUACCGCUCUCGCUGCUGAGGCCAAGCAGGUUCUUGACUCGUGGGUCCGCUACGAGGGCCAGGUUAGACAGCGCCAGCAGCGUGAGCUUGCCGACACCAUCAUCGGCAAGAUCCAGAAGGAGCUUGAGAGCCCCAAGGUGCUCCAGCAGAUCCUUCAGCAGAGCGUUUCUGACGUUGAGCGUAAGUUAACCUACAGCAUAUUCUUUUCGAGCUGA